CUUCCUCGGAUGUUUUCGUUGUUCUGGUUAAUUUGUACACGUUACUUUCACAUUCUGUUGCGUCUUCAAACGGCUAAACAUUCAUUCAGAGAAAAAUGCAGAAAUAUAUUUUCAGUUGUCUCAUAUGCAUUUGUUUCAUUGGGCUGUCUAAAUCAGACGAUCAUGGUGAGAAUGCAGUGACGUACACCAAGGAAACGUUUGACGCAGCCAUCGCUGAAGAAGAAAUACUUUUUGUGAUGUUUUACGCACCAUGGUGUGGGCACUGUAAAAGACUAGCACCAACAUGGGAUGAUCUUGCUAAAGAAAUCAAUGUAGAAGAUCGUAAACUUACAGUUGGAAAGGUUGAUUGUACCAAAGAGCCGGGACUGUGUGGAGAGCACCAGGUUCGAGGAUAUCCAACUGUAAAAUGGUUUCAUGGGACAAAUCUUGGAAUUAAAUAUGGAAACAAAAGGACCAUUGAGGACUUGAGAGCUUUUGUAGAGGAAUCUUUAGCCAAGAGUGAAACUCUAGAUAAGCAAAAGACAUUAAAAAAGCCUGAAGACAAAGCAGAUGAGAAAACAGAAGGUGCUGAAGUGAAAAAACCUGAAGUUAUAGUAACAGACGGCCUGUAUGACCUCAGUGAUGAAACAUUUGAAUCUCAUGUAGCGACUGGACAUCACUUUAUCAAAUUCUUUGCUCCCUGGUGUGGACACUGUCAGCGACUUGCUCCAACAUGGGAACAGCUGGCCAGAGAAACAAAAGACAACGAAAAGGUCAAAAUUGCAAAGGUUGAUUGUACAAAGCAGCGAAAUACAUGUACUAAAUUUGGCAUCAGAGGCUAUCCAACUCUUAUCUGGUUCACCAAUGGGGAAAAGAGUGAAGAUUACAGAGGGCAGAGGUCACUGGAUGAGCUGUCAAAGUUUGUUACUAAAAUGAGUAGUGUUGAGUCAGAGACGGCUAAGACAUCAAAGGAUGGCAAGGUGCCAGAUGUGUUAGAAGAUGAACCAGAAGUUUGUUGUGGCAUGAAGGAGGAGGACUUUAAGGACUCAGUAUCACAAGAUUUUACUUUAGUUGUAUUUGACAAUGAUGAGUAA